GCUCAACGCGAAUCGGUCGAGCCGCUAGAGCACAUCUCUCCCUCCUACUCUCACUCCCCUCCUCCCUCCCGCGCCCCCGUUCCACCACCUACCACCGCCGCAUCCGCCCAAUCCUAUCUCUCCGACCUUCUCCAUCUCCCUCCCUCCCGCGCCUUCUCCCCUGACCUCGCCCUCCAAAUCCUCACACAUAAAUCAUAUCGCUACGCCCACCUCAUCCGGCAUAAUCACCCCCGCUCGCGAGAUCGAUAUGAACGGGAACCACGGCGGGACUUCGGAGUGCAAGCAGCACAAGGGGAAGAAACGGAGGGACCAUCGUCUGUAUCGCACAAUGCGAGGCUAUCGUUCCUCGGGCGGAGGGCGCUCAACACAUAUCUGGCGCUGUUCCUGCAUAGCCAUCUGAGGACGGAUAGGGGGUUGAGAGAGGUGGAUUUCUUGAGAGGGAAGGGAUUGGAUGAGAAGAUGAAGGCGAUGACACAUGUCAAUAAUCUGGGGAGGGAUGUUGGGGGACAAUGGGGCGUAGGGGAUGUGAUGCGGUGGGAUCGGAAUGAGGCCGGCAUACCAAAUGCGGGCCUCAAGAUCCGGGGCUUGACAGUCGAAUCCAUUCUCGGCGGCGUAUUCUCCGAGUUCGGCUCAGCGGCAGCACAUCGCGCUUUCCACCUCCACCUCCUUCCACAUCUCAGCGAGCAAUUGCGGGAUCCAGUGUUGCUGGAAAGAGCAGAAGUGAUGCGCGCGCAGGUGGAGAGGGAAGCUGGGGGUGGGGUGGUC